UUUCUUCUCAUACCUACCCACCAAUGAACUUAUCACUCCAGGACCCAUUUGCUGUAGCCAAGGAGUACCCCGAGUCGUUGGCCAAUGCCCUCCAAUAUGGUCACUGUGUGACCUUCCAGUUCAGCCAUAAAGGUGACUAUUUGGCCAGUGGCCUCAGUGAUGGGUCGGUGGUGAUUUAUGACCUAGCCAGCAGGGGAAGCGUCAUUGCACACCUCCACAAACACGCACACAUCAGGCCCAUCACUUCCGUCAGCUGGUCGGUGUGUGGGCGGUAUUUGCUCACUACCGCCCAAGACUGGCACUGUAAGUUGUGGGACUUGAGUCUUGUCAACAGCCCUAACCACGACUCGGCCGUCAUACGAUCUAUCAUCGUGGAUGGACCCAUUUGGCUGGCCAGCAUCAACCCCAGCAAUGAGUUCCAGUUCACGGCGUCGCUCUUCGAAGACCAGGCGAUUUUCGUCGACUGGUCCGACCCGCUACCACAAAACUACCGCAUCAGUCGACUUGAGUCCAAACCACUCGAAGAGCACGCCGACUCCGACGCCAAUUCCUCUACCAAACUGGUGACUCUCGUGACCGCCUUCACCCAUAAUGGUCGCUACGUGUUUCUGGGUACCAAUAAGGGCUGGAUCAACGUGUUUGACACGCAAUCUCUUCAGAUGGUACACUCGAUGAGACUCACCACAUCCAACAUCAAGAACCUUGUGAUGUCCCCCAACGGGCGUAAGCUUGCCGUCAAUUCCAGCGACCGGAUCAUCCGCCAGAUUUCGUUGCCCGAUCUCGUCAACCAGCAAAACCCCGAUCUGUGGGAAUUUGAUGUAGAACACAAAUACCAGGACGUGGUCAAUCGAUUACAGUGGAACUCGGUAUGCUUCAAUCACAACGGCGAGUUUCUCGUGGCAUCUACGUUCGGGACCCAGAGCUCCCAGGACCUAUACAUCUGGGAAACCAGUAUGGGAUCAUUGAUCAAGAUUUUGGAAGGCAGUAGCGAAGAGCUCCUUGAAGUCAAAUGGAAUUAUCUGAGGUGUAUGAUCGGGUCCAAUGGCCUCGAAUACGGAACCAUAUACCUCUGGUCGGUCGACUUCCCACAGAAAUGGAGUGCUUUAGCCCCGGACUUUGUGGAGAUUGACGAUAACAUCGAAUAUGAAGAGAAGGAAGACGAAUUUGACAUCAUCGAUGACGAUAUUCUCAACAAACGACGGCUCGAAGAAGAGGAUUCAUACGUCGACAUUCUCACGCCCGAGAACCACGAUGCCCGGGGGUUCGACACGUCUCUUCGAUCCUUUAUCAUCCCCAUUAACUAUGAGCGACCCAUAGUAUAAUGACUGGACCCAUGCCUAAUACCGCAAAUGACUUUUGGUGCUGCGCACUAAACAAUUUCUCUGUGAAUAAACAAAAAAGUGCGUCGAAUUUUCGAAAAGUAAAUAUAAACACUGG